UUGCAACAACAUAUAGCAGGUCUCGCUAUGCUUUACAAUACUCUGUUGUUGCUCCUGGCAUUUACGUUGGGUCUGAGUAUCUUCCUAGUCUACAAAGCCAGAGCUUCAGAAAAUGAGUUCCUCAAACUCCAAGGAGACAUUCUGCAAUUAAAUCCGCCACGUUCUGAGGAAGUUGAUGGGAAAACGGCCAAGAUCUCUAAAACCAAGGAGGACAGAAAGACAAGUAAUUUCCAAGAAACUCCUCUGAAGAGGUCUUUUAGUAGAGUGAAAAGGGAGCAGGGCGGGUGUGGAGCUCCAACAUCACUACUGCAGUUAACCGCAAAUAGUAAGAAAAAAACUGUUAUCAAAGGAAAUGUAAUCAAAAUCCCUUGGAGUGUUUCUGUGCAGCAGGGAAAUGCAGUUUCACCAAAGAAAAGCACAGUUGUUGUCCAAGAAGAUGGUUUUUACUUUGUGUUUGGACAAGUGUUAUUCCAACAAUCCAGCACACUUGCGGGCCAUGUAGUUCGAAGGAGUUCCACGUCAUCGAGGGGAUCGGCAGAGGUCUUACACUGCCUGCAAGAGAUGUCCAAUGUGCAUUCUUCCAAGAUGUGCUAUUCUGCCAAUACAUGCUACUCUGCCGGCAUUGUGGAGCUGCAACAGGGGGAUGAACUUGAACUGGUGGUACCAUACAGGCCCCAAAUUCUGAUCUCCAUGGACGCAGACUCCACCUUCUUUGGUGUCAUACAGCUAAACUAAAAAAAGGCAUUCUGAACAUGAAAAAGGCACUCAGGGGGUGCAACACUCAUGCCUUACAUGUAUGACGGAGAUUCAUGCAAAAUAAUUCUUUGUAAUAUAUGGUUGACUGAGUGGUCUUGA